AUGAAUAACAAAAGAUAAACAAUCGAAGAUGCUAUGAGAGCUGAACAAAUAAAUUCUUAUUAACCUUAGUAAUAAGGCGGCUAUCAAAAUUAUUAUGGUUACAAUUCCAAUGUGAAUUACAGAUACCAACCCAACAUUCCUGUCUAAUAUCAAUAUAAUCAAUAUUAUCAAUAUAAUUAUCAAGGAGUUGGAAAUCAAUCAAUGAUGCAAAACAACUUUUAUAGAGCUCCUCAAUUUGUUUAACAACCGAGUACGGUUUUCAAUUAAUAAUAAAAUAAAUUCCAACCACCACCACAACAAUAAUUUGGCAAUCCUCCAUUACCAUAAUAAUAAUCUGUGUCACAACAGCUUGAGCAACAAUCUAUAUAGUAAUAAUCUUCAAAGAUUCAAAUCGAAACCAAUAAUGAUCAUCAAUUUCUGCCUCCAGUCAACAUUUCAGAACUGGAUCAACCCACGAGAUGGGAAAGCGAACUGAAGGUCUAUUCGUAUCUGUAUCGCAAACUCAACGUUGAGAUGCCUAAUUUAGUUAGCGCUAGAUUUUGCAAUUCUAGAGAAGUAUUCAAUGAGUAAUCAUCGAUUACUGUGAAGUAGUAUGUUGAGAGGGCAUUUAACAAAUGCCAAUCUGAUGAAGAGAGGAACAUCAUGGAAUAACAUUUAAAAGCCACAAUUGCUGAGGCUAAACGGAAGAAUGAAUAUACUAUCAGAGACUGGUCUAAAUUUCCUUUGCCCACACUUCAAAGAGAGAAUUAAAUACGCACGCAGUCCUUAUUUUCAUCAAACUUACAAAUUAAACAAAGCACAGCUAUGGCAUUGUCGUCAUUAGGUUAAACUAGUAAAUUUGGGGCACCAAGUCAAGCCCAACCUACUGGACCAGCUUAAAAAAUCACAGCAUCUACUAAUUUGCACAAUUUGAUCUCAUUAUACGAUUAAUUGGUUCAGUAAUAGGUUGAAUCAAUCAAUCAAAAUCAUAUGAAAAAUAAGAAAAUUGACUAUAGCAUGGAUUUGGCUAUUCUGUAGAUUGGAAAAUUGUAACCCAAUGCUACUACAUAAAUAAAAUAACAAUAAAAAUAGUUAAAAAAAAGAAUAGAAGAAGAAGACCAAAUUAUUGAAACAAAUAUGAAAAUCAUAGGGACAUGUGAAGAUCUAGAAAAACCUUAUUUUAGACUAACUGGUUUGCCAGAUCCUAAUAUGAUUAGACCUGAGCAUAUCUUAAAAAAAGCCCUUGCAUAAUUAUUAGAUAAAUGGAAAAACUGUCAAGCUGAUUACAAUUUCAUAAUUGAAUAAUUUAGAUCAAUUCGACAAGAUCUCUUGGUCUAACACAUCGAAAAUAGAUUCACCGUGCAAGUGUAUGAAGAAAAUGCCCGAAUCUGUUUAGAAUGCGGCGAUUUCCCUCGAUAUGAAAGUUGUUGGACAAUGCUGGUGGACUUAUAUGAGAUGAUCAGCAUUAGUGAGGGCAAAGAUGUGAAUCUCAUUGGGAACAAAGUCGAGUUUGAUAGUUACAGAAUAUUCUAUCUCACCAUGUUGAACAAAUAAGAUUAAUUAGUGAAGAUAAUGCAUCAAAAUCUGGAUGAUUCAAGAAUCAAAUUCGCAUUAGGAUUAAGAGAAUCCUUUAAGUGUGGCAAUUAUGUUAAACUAUUUAAAGAUUACAAGGAAUCAAGUGACACCAUGGGGAGCAUCAUUAAUCACUUUUUAGUAAGAAUCAGAGUUAGGGCAUUGAAAUAAAUUGUUAAAACUUACAUUUCUAACAUUGAUCUUGAAUACCUUGCCGAUCUAUUAGCAUUCUAAGAUGUUGAAUAAUUUAAAUAAUUCAUGCAAUUUUUUGAUUUAGUAAGAUUUGAUGAAACCUUAAAGUUUUUAUUAAUAAAAUAAAGCAUAAAUGCUUUUGAUAAUAUCAAUUUUGAUAAAAUGAAUGAAUGA